AUGCUGACGCGAAUAUUUCACUUCAAGUUUCGAAACACAUAUACGAGAAUGGAAACCAAGAUUAAAAGAUUUCUAUACUUUAUUGUAACCAUAUUGAUUCCCAGUACUCUAUGGGUCUUCUGCGGACGGAAGCGCAGCAAUCAUUCUCCAAUUGCAAAUACGCAAAAGAAUAAAAAAUCGAGUAUUCCGUCUUCGACGCCGGCAGAAACCAAGUCCAGCAAAAGCAGUAAAAAGAAGAAAAGGAAGUCACUUAUACUGGAUCCUACCCAGCACUCGGACAAGGCAAUUGUUAAAACGUGUUCUAUUAUUUGCUCUUUUCAUUCACCACCUCCACGUGCGGAAGCGGAAAGGUCGAGAAUGGUCAGUUCGGCCGAGUGGUGGAGCAAAAAGACUUCGCCAAAACUAAAAUCAUCGAAUGUACUGCAAUUGAGCCGGACACAGAGCGGAGAAGAGGAUGUUCUUAUAGAGUUACCUCAAAAUGGCAAGAUAGAAGAAACCCAGAAGAGUCAAAAUAGAAAGACCGAUGGUAACCGUAAAUGAGUCGAGGCAAAAAGAAGACGAGAUCAAAAUGUGACAUUAAAACUACAUGAACGAUUACAUCUACGCUA